AUGGAGAACGCACAUGCCAAAGAGUCACCAGACGUUCUGUCCCACUUUGGCGUUACUGAAGAGACGGGCCUCUCACCUGACCAAGUCAAGAGAAACCUGGACAAGUAUGGCUUCAACGAGCUGCCAGCAGAGGAGGGGAAGAGUAUCUGGGAGCUGAUUUCAGAGCAGUUUGAGGACCUGUUGGUCAGAAUCUUACUGCUGGCCGCCUGCAUCUCUUUUGUGCUGGCUUGGUUCGAGGAAGGUGAGGAAACUGUCACCGCCUUUGUCGAGCCUUUCGUCAUCCUCCUCAUCCUCAUUGCAAAUGCUAUUGUUGGAGUGUGGCAGGAGCGCAACGCAGAGGAUGCCAUUGAGGCUCUGAAGGAGUAUGAGCCUGAGAUGGGGAAGGUUUACCGGUCGGACAGGAAGAGUGUCCAGAGGAUCAAGGCCCGGGAGAUCGUUCCUGGUGAUGUGGUGGAGGUUUCCGUUGGUGACAAAGUGCCAGCUGACAUUAGGAUCAUCUCCAUCAAGUCAACAACCCUGCGUGUGGACCAGUCCAUUCUUACUGGUGAGUCCGUCAGUGUGAUCAAACACACUGAUGCCGUCCCAGACCCCCGUGCCGUCAACCAGGACAAGAAGAACAUGCUGUUCUCUGGCACCAACAUCGCUGCUGGAAAAGCCACUGGUAUUGCUGUUGCCACUGGUGUCGCCACUGAGAUUGGAAAGAUUCGUGACCAGAUGGCUGCCACAGAGCAGGAAAAGACCCCCCUGCAGCAGAAACUGGAUGAGUUUGGAGAGCAGCUCUCCAAGGUCAUCUCCCUCAUUUGUGUGGCUGUGUGGAUGAUCAACAUUGGCCAUUUCAAUGACCCCGUCCAUGGAGGCUCCUGGUUCCGUGGUGCUAUCUACUAUUUCAAGAUUGCUGUGGCUCUCGCUGUGGCUGCCAUCCCUGAAGGCCUUCCCGCUGUCAUCACCACCUGCCUGGCUCUGGGAACACGUCGUAUGGCCAAAAAGAAUGCCAUCGUCAGAAGCCUGCCCUCUGUGGAGACCCUGGGCUGCACCUCAGUUAUCUGCUCUGACAAGACUGGUACCCUCACCACCAACCAGAUGUGUGUAACUAAGAUGUUCAUCAUUGAUAAAGUGGAUGGUGACAGCAUUUCCCUUGGUCAGUUUGACAUCUCUGGCUCAAAGUACACCCCUGAAGGAGAAGUAACGAGGAACGGCUCGUUUGUGAAGUGCGGACAGUAUGACGGACUGGUUGAGCUCGCUACCAUCUGUGCUCUGUGCAAUGACUCCUCACUGGACUACAAUGAGUCAAAGGGUAUUUAUGAGAAAGUGGGUGAGGCCACCGAAACAGCUCUGAGUUGUUUGGUCGAGAAGAUGAACGUGUUCAAUACUGAAGUGCGUGGCCUGUCCAAGGUGGAGAGGGCAGACGCUUGCUGUUCUGUGAUUAAGCAGCUGAUGAGGAAGGAGUUCACACUAGAGUUCUCCAGAGACAGGAAGUCUAUGUCAGUCUACUGCUCUCCUGCCAAGUCUGCCAAAGCCCCAGUAGGAAACAAGAUGUUUAUCAAAGGUGCUCCAGAAGGUGUGAUUGAACGCUGUGCAUACGUUCGUGUGGGCACCACCCGUAUACCCCUGACUGGCCCAGUCAAAGACCACAUCAUGUCAGUCAUCAAGGAGUGGGGCACCGGACGCGACACCCUCCGCUGUUUGGCACUGGCCACCCGUGAUUCACCUCUGAGGAAGGAGGAGAUGAACCUGGAGGACGCCACCAAGUUUGCAGACUAUGAGACUGAUUUGACCUUUGUGGGCUGCGUUGGCAUGCUUGACCCUCCUCGCAAGGAAGUCAUGAGCUCCAUCGAGCUGUGCAGGGCCGCUGGUAUCCGUGUCAUCAUGAUCACUGGUGACAACAAGGGCACAGCAGUGGCCAUCUGCCGUCGUAUCGGCAUCUUCAGUGAAGAUGAGGAUGUCACUAACAAAGCUUUCACCGGUCGUGAGUUUGAUGACCUCGCUCCAUAUGAGCAGAAAAAUGCUGUCCGAAAGGCUUGCUGCUUUGCCAGAGUGGAACCAUCCCACAAGUCGAAGAUCGUUGAGUUCUUGCAAGGCUUUGAUGAGAUUACUGCCAUGACCGGUGAUGGAGUGAACGAUGCCCCUGCCUUGAAGAAGGCGGAGAUUGGCAUCGCCAUGGGCUCUGGCACUGCCGUUGCCAAGUCUGCCUCUGAGAUGGUCCUGGCUGACGACAACUUCUCUUCCAUUGUAUCUGCUGUUGAGGAGGGCAGAGCCAUUUACAACAACAUGAAGCAGUUCAUCCGCUACCUCAUCUCCUCCAACGUAGGCGAGGUCGUCUGUAUCUUCCUGACUGCUGCCCUGGGUCUGCCUGAGGCCCUCAUCCCCGUCCAGCUGCUGUGGGUCAACCUUGUGACUGACGGGCUUCCUGCCACCGCACUGGGCUUCAACCCCCCUGACCUGGACAUCAUGGGCAAAGCCCCACGAUCCCCCAAAGAACCCCUCAUCUCUGGCUGGCUCUUCUUUAGAUACCUGACCAUCGGAGGUUACGUUGGUGCCGCAACUGUUGCAGCAGCUGCCUGGUGGUUCCUGUACUGUGAGGAAGGCCCAGCAGUCACUUUCUACCAGCUGUCCCACUUCAUGCAGUGCAGCGAGGACAAUGAGGACUUUGAUGGGGUCCACUGUCAUGUGUUCGAGUCCUCUCCUCCAAUGACCAUGGCUCUGUCAGUGCUGGUCACCAUUGAGAUGUGCAAUGCUCUGAACAGCUUGUCUGAGAACCAGUCCCUGGUGCGCAUGCCCCCCUGGAGCAACGGCUGGCUGGUGGCUGCCAUGAGCCUCUCCAUGUCCCUUCACUUCAUGAUCAUCUACGUCGACCCCCUGCCCAUGAUCUUCAAGCUCACUCACUUGACUGUUGAGCAGUGGGUUGUGGUGAUGAAGCUCUCCAUCCCAGUCAUCCUGCUUGAUGAGCUUCUCAAGUUUGUGGCUCGCACAUAUCUGGAGGGUAAGCAAAACAUCUAA